AUGGACUCGGUGGUGGAAGCAGAAACACCUGGUUGUGGAUCAUCUUCGUACCAGGAUGCCUUGUCUAUUGUGAGAAGUCUGACACCAGAUAAGACAGAUAUAGGAUUUAGACAACACAUUAUUUCAUUCAUGAUGAAGGCGCUCAAAGUGUGUGACAUAAAGCUGGAAGAUAUUGAUAAGCUGCCAAUUAUUCACAUCACUGGAACAAAGGGGAAAGGAUCGACAUCGGCAUUUUGUGAAAGUAUUCUCAGAAACAGCGGAUACAAGACUGGAUUUUUCAGCUCUCCUUCCAUGGUCAAAUACAAUGAGAGAUUUCGAAUCAACGGCCAGCCUCUUUCUGACGAAGACUUCUGCACUUACUUCUUCGACGUCUACAACAAAAUAGAACCCUUAAAAGACAUGCUAGAUAGAGAAAUGUCGGCGUUUUUUUUAUUUUUCACAACCAUGGCUUUCACCGUGUUCAUUAAAGAAAAAGUCGAUGUACUUGUGAUGGAAGUUGGUAUUGGUGGACAGAACGACUGCACGAAUGUCAUUCGAUCCCCAGUUGUAUGUGGAGUUACUUCCCUUGGAUUAGAACACACUGAUAAGCUAGGCAACACGAUAGAGAAAAUAGCGUGGCAUAAAGCGGGGAUUUUUAAGAAGGGAGUUCCCGCUCUGACUGUCAGUCAGCCACCAGAAGCCGACGCCGUUCUCUUAGAGCGAUCACAGGAGAUUGGGGCACCUCUGUACCAUGUUAUAGCACCUCUGUACCGAGUUCCAACCCUACACGAGUUCUGUGCCACGGGUCAACAGAUACGUUUGGGUAUUGAGGGAAACGUUCUGUUCGUUAACGCGGGACUCGCUCUACAGCUGUGUCGGGUAUUUGUAAACAGAACCAGCAAAGGUCAGUAUAAAUGA